AUCCGCGGCUCGUAUCUUCCCCGCCUGCGACAAGACGCUAAGAUCGCUGCUGACGCUGAAGUGGAGGAGGUUGGUCUUGAGAUUUUUGAGGCGGAUCGAGAGUUUUACAACGACAAUUACGAAGUUAUUAUGCCCCCCGCAUCGACGUCGACCAGGAGGAGCAUGGCAUCAACAAGUGACGUGACGGAUCCGCAAGGUUGUGGCUUGCGCGCUAAGCGUUUUAUUCCCCAGUACAACGUCGUUUUCGAGGAUCGUCC